CCGCGACCGCAGCUUGCGUUGGUCCUUCAGUUCUUGUGGACGGCAACAGAGCUCUCCGCUAUACUGUUUGAUCGUGGCACCUCCUGGCCCGCCGCCAUGGGAGUGACUUGUGUGUCCCAGAUGCCUGUGGCUGAGGGCAAGAGUGUGCAGCAGACAGUGGAGCUUCUCACCCGAAAAUUGGAGACGCUUGGGGCAGAGAAGCAAGGAACAUUUUGUGUGGACUGUGAGACUUACCACACUGCCGCCUCUACCCUUGGCAGCCAAGGUCAGGCCGGGAAGCUGAUGUAUGUGAUGCACAACUCCGAGUAUCCACUGAGCUGUUUUGCCCUCUUUGAGAAUGGCCCUUGCCUUAUUGCUGACACCAACUUUGAUGUGCUCAUGGUGAAGCUCAAGGGUUUUUUCCAGAGUGCCAAGGCCAGCAAGAUUGAGACCCGGGGCACCCGUUACCAGUACUGUGACUUCCUGGUGAAGGUGGGCACGGUCACAAUGGGGCCCAGUGCCCGGGGCAUCUCUGUGGAGGUGGAAUAUGGCCCCUGUGUGGUGGCUAGUGACUGCUGGAACCUGCUCCUCGAGUUCCUCCAGAGCUUUCUAGGCAGCCACACGCCAGGGGCUCCUGCAGUGUUUGGAAACAGACAUGAUGUGGUCUAUGGCCCCGCAGAUACCAUGGUCCAGUACAUGGAACUCUUCAACAAGAUCCGCAAGCAGCAGCAGGUGCCGGUGGCAGGAAUUCGUUAGUGACUGGCUAUUGCUGGCUGAGUUGUCACCAUGUGUACUGCACAGCAGGAGCAAGGGCUGUAUUCUCAAGGAUCUGGACCCUAGAAA